AAAAAGCAUACAUCAAUAUAGUUAAUUCUUUAUACUAAUUGAAUAUUUGUACAAGUUCUGGGUCUCUCAUAUGUUUGUCAGAAGUGUGGCCUGAUGCCACUUUCGUUCCAUCAGUGAUAAUCUGACCAUAUGUGGAGAACCUUCUGACUGGGAGCGGAACACACACAAAGCUUAUGCUUAUAAUAGACAAUGGAGAUGACUGCUGCCAGAAAUGUAUGGAUGGAAAACCAUUGUUACACAUUUGUGGGCCCCGUUCAGCAAAAGUCAUACUGCUAAUUCAUCAGCUUUUUGCAUUUGAAUAACAACACGUCAUGGCCCCUGGGAUUUUGUAUAAAAAGGCCCUGGAGUCAUGGAGAUAGCAGAGCAAGUUGAACCAUCCACUGGGAACUACCUAAACCAUCAUCAUGGGCAAGAUCAUCUUUUACGAGGAGAGGAACUUCCAGGGCCGCUCCUAUGAGUGCAUGAGCGACUGCUCUGACAUGUCCUCCUACCUGAGCAGGUGCCAGUCCUGCAGGGUGGAGAGCGGCUGCUUCAUGGUCUACGAGCGUCCCAACUACAUGGGCCUGCAGUUCUUCAUGAGGAGGGGCGAGUACUCUGACAUGCAGCGCAUGAUGAGCAUGGGAAUGAUGUUUGACUCCAUCAGAUCCUGCAGGCUGAUCCCCUAUCACAGAGGCCCAUUCAGGAUGAGGAUCCACGAGAGGGAGAACUUCAGUGGUCAGAUGAAUGAGCUGAUGGACGACUGUGACUCCAUCAUGGACCGCUUCCGCAUGACUGACUGCCAGUCCUGCCAGGUGAUGGACGGCCACUGGCUGAUGUACGAGCAGCCCCACUACAGAGGCAAGAUGAUGUACGUGAAGCCCGGCGAGUACAGGAGCUUCAGGGACAUGGGCAUGAGCGGCACCAAGUUCAUGAGCAUGAGGCGUAUCACUGAUAUGUGCUAGAAAUCUGUAUUUGACUUACUGACAAAUAAAGAUGAUGUGUAAUUAAUAA